UGGAGAGAGAGAGAGUGUGCUUUGAUUAAUUCAGGUGGUUUAUGUUCAUUUCUGUGCUGCUCGGUCAUAAAUUUGCCCACAGGAUUGGUCAGUAUUUCAGUAUUCAUCUCAAGAAGUCUCUUGUAGGAUCAGAUUUGUCAGUGAUUUGAUCGUCAUUUACUGAAGUGGGUGAGUUUAACCAGGUUCUGGUGGUGGUUUGAAGGUAGUUACACUCGUGAUCCAGCAGGCGGCGGCAGCGAGUUGUGCCUCUAGUAACAUGAAGUCGUUUGGGUUUAAUGCGCUGCUGUCAGCUCAGACCCGCGGAUCUGUCUUCUCUCAGUCUUUGUGGUUUUAUGAGGCACGUGAUGUCAAACUGAUCAGAGGGUUUCUGAUGGUCCCAGUCUCAAACUCCUGCUGCAUUUAAUCCAUUUCAGAUCUUCCAGUUUGCUGUAUUUGUGAUUAUUGUGCUUGACUAAUAUUUGAUUUGGACCUUGAAUUUAUUUGCAUGUUUAUAAACGAUUUAAAUAUUUAAUGUCUAUUCAUGUGUCAUACUUCAAUUGAAAAAUUAAUUCAUCUCCAUUGAGACAAAAGAAGUUUGAAGAAGAUAAAUUGAAAUGCAUGGCUUUUCAGCACUUCCUCCGUUGACAGGCUUACAAACUAACUAGUAGUCCCUGAACUUCUGAUGGUCAGAGCGGUUAGUGUGCUGCUGUACGAGUAAUGCAUCUGUUUCUGUGUAGUUACUCGUGGUUAGUAUCUGGUUAGUUUUGUGUGGAGAUUGUUUGUGUGUUGGUUUAUUUUUCUCUGUGUGUGUGUGUGUGUGUGUGUGUGUGUUCCUCUCUAUCUUUCACUUCCAUGAUCUGUCCUCCAGUCCCACGGCAGCCGCUGACGGACAGUCAGACAGGAAGUACUUUUGCUGCUCAUGUGUGAGUAGAGUAAAGCUGAGCUGAUUCCGUUAGUAUUGAGCCAUGGAUUGGGAUUAUUAUGUGCCUUUACUAGAGCUGAAGUUGAUGAGUUCUCCCAGUCUGAGUGAUUUGGGUCGAUCAGAGAGAUCAGCGCUGGAUGACAGGAGCAACCAGCAGCACCGAGCAGGAGCCAACGCCACCUGGAACAGCAUCCAUAAUGCCGUGAUCGCCGUGUUCCAGCACAAGGAUCUGGGAGAGAAUGAGCUCUAUGUGCUGAAUGAAGGCGUCAGGCAGCUCCUAAAGACUGAGUUGGGCUCCUUCUUCACAGAGUAUCUGCAGAAUCAGCUGCUGACGAAGGGAAUGGUGAUUUUGAGAGAUAAGAUUCACUUUUAUGAAGGUCAGAAGCUGCUGGAUUCUCUGGCAGAAACGUGGGACUACUUCUUCUGUAAUGUUCUGUCCAUGCUGCAGGCCAUCUUCUACCCCGUCCAGGGGAAGGAGCCGUCCGUCCGUCAGCUGGCUCUGCUGCACUUCAGGAACAUCAUCACUCUCAACAUAAAGCUGGACGAUGCUCUGACUCGCCCGCGCGCCCGUGUGCCGCCCUCCAUCAUUCAGAUGCUGCUCAUCCUGCAGGGGGUCCACGAGUCUAAAGGUGUGAGCGGUGAUUACCUGAAGCUGGAGUCUCUGGUGCAGAAGGUGGUGUCUCCGUAUCUGGGGACGCGUGGCCUGAUCUCUGGCGACGGCUCGGUGGCGCAGAGCUCGUGUGUUCUGGAGAAGCGGCUCCUGCGCCGAUGGCCGCGCUCCAGCGACUCGCCCGCUAAGAUCCCCGUGAUGCGCUCCAAGAGCUACAACAUCCCCAUGCUGACGCCGGUGGCCGAGUACGACCCCGAGAGCAGCGCCGGCGCCGCGGUCAGACGCCACUCCGUGUGUCAGAUGACGUCCUGCGCAGAAGAGCCUGCGUUCAGCGAGGUGCCGCUGCUGACAGACGUCUGUGAGGAUCCGUCUCCUCCCGUCUUCUGUGAGCUGGGCUCCUCAGCGGCGGAGCGGGACUCGUCUGCCUCCAGCCCCGAGACCAUCGUGGACCAGAUCCUGGAGUCUCUGGACUCAGACACCGAGGGAAUAUUCAUCGACUUCCGCCGGCAGCGUUCCAGCUCGUCUGACUUCAGCCGGGAGAGCGAGAGCGCGGCGUGACCUUUGACCUGACAACACGGCGCUGAAGACGCGGGCGGCUGCAAAGUUUGUAGAAUGAUGGGAGUUUGAUUCUCGAUCGAGAACAUACUUCUGUACUAGUUUAGCAGUGUGAAAUGUGUAAAGUGCACCUGGCAGAGUUCAUUUACACUUGAACUGGUCAGCUGUCUUGUGUUUCUAAGAGCAGGACAGACAAAGUUCACUCUUAUAAUUUCAAUUCCAAUGAAAUCCAUUAACGAUUUUAACUAUUUAAAAAGUUUAAUAUCAAUGCGAUUGCAUAAUUAUAAAUAUUAAUUAAUUCAAUAGUCUUAAAGUAUUUUUCCAUAAAACAUCUCUUCAGAAAAUAGUAACAAAAUGAAGAACAGAGAAGUACGUGACAAGCAAUAACGAGCACGAGAGCAAAGUAUGUUAUUAAAGCUGCUAGAUCAGACAAGAGCACUGAUUUCUCCUCGUCAAAUUACUGUUUGAUUAUUAAUAAUGCAGCAUACAGUAAGAUCUAAUAAUGCACUGAUGUAUUGUGAUGCAUCACAUGUUUUGUCUGGUCUGUUGGUGUUGAUGUUAACAUCUGGCACAGACGAGCGUGAGAAAGACGAGCAGAGAUUAGCUGUUUGGAUGUGGCUAGUGCUAGUCCUUCAUUCUGAACACUGGAGUGCUGCUCUGCUUCAUCUUGUGUUGUGUUUUUAAUGAAAGAGUCUUAUGGAACACAGUAUGAGUUUCAUAUUUGACUUCUUUAGAAAUAGUUAAAGAUGACUGAUCUUUAAAGACACUUCUUCGGAGAAACCACUGGAGCUGUAGUCAUUGAGUGAAGGAACAAAACUAUUGUCAUUUGCAGGAUUUUUUCUAUUAGUUUGUAAAUAUGAAAGUUUUCAGUCAUGUUUUGAAUAAUGACCUUGCCUUCACAGAUUACUAUUUUUAUUGUAAUUCUAAUUGAGUGAAAUAGUAUUUUACUGAUUAUUAAAGAACUUUGUCCUUUA